AUGUCGGUCGUCUCACCGAAUUUGUUCGACCUCCUCGGUAACGAUGUCGAAGGAGAUGAAGCGCCGUCUGGCCCUGUGAAGACGGUUGACAAGACCAUAAUGCGCGGUACCAAGCGCAACGUCGAGCCGCAAGCACCAGUAAAGCCCGUUGCCAACACCGGAGCUCGUCGUUCUGGUCCUGGAGGCAACGAGGGAGCCUACCGCGACCGUAACGCUGGGUCCGCCAACAACCAUCGCAAGUCCACCGAUGAGACUCCCCGAAGCGCUCCUCGAGGUGGCCGUGAUGCCCGCGGACGAGGAGGCCGCGGCGGUCGAUUCCCUCGUGAACGUGACGACAAGCACACCAAGGGUGUCGCAACUGGGUCGGAAAAGCAAGCAGCCCAGUCAUGGGGUGCUACAGAAGGCGUUGCCGAGCAAAAGGACGAACAGGCCGGGGAGGAGAUUGCCCAAACUGAAUUAAAGGAAGCCACCGCAGAGGAUGCCGAGAACCCCGGUACUCCCGUCGAGCCUGAGGACAAGCAUGUGUCCUACGCAGAGUAUCUUGCCCAGCAAGCCGAGAAGAAGCUUGCUCUCGGCGAGACCCUCGAGAUUCGCAAGGCCAACGAAGGUAGCAAGGCUGACAAGAAGUGGGCCAAUGCUAAGGCCCUGACCAAGGAAAACGAUGAUGAUUACGUUUCCGGCGUCGGUGGCAAGGUCAAGCGUGAGCGUGAGCGCAAGGCCAAGCAACUUCUCGAGAUCGACCAACGAUAUGUCGAGCCUGAGCGUACUGGUGGUGGUGGCCGUGGUGGUGGUCGCGGUGGAAGAGGAGGACCUCGUGGUGGUGCUCCUCGCGGUGACCGUGGUGACGGCCAGAGCCGCGGCGGCGCUCCUAGGGGCGAUGGCGCUCCUCGAGGUCGUGGUGGUCGCGGCCGAGGCGAAUCCCGAGGUGAACCUCGUGGUGAGUUCCGUGGUGGACGUGGAGGAGCUCGCGACAACUCCUCUUUCGCUCUCAACUCGGAUGCCUUCCCUAGUCUGGGUGCGUAA